GAAUUAUCAGGGGAAGUACCUACGUAAUCUUUAUCAUUUGUAUUUGUAAGUGUCCUUCCUCAUUAAAAGGUUUAUCAGUUCGUAGAUGCAUUUAAUGUGAUAAUACUGCGAAUUAUAUAAGUUAAAAACUUGUAGUGCAACUGUUAUACGAGGAUAUAACCAUUUUACGUUGCGAGAUAUAAUUUUGCUGACAGUGACAAUCCGUUUUAUUCCAUCAAAGGUACAGCUAACGACGCAGGCCAAUACCAUUAUUCAUAUGUGAUAUCGUUUAAACAACGCCCGUUGUAUUCUGUUGGAGAAAGAAGGCAUCGCCAAUAUGGAGAAUAACGUCGAGCAAGAAAUUUGCAAUAAUUGCAAGAAGGAAAUCCCACAAACCAACUAUGUCAUGCACUCCAUGCACUGUGCGAGAAAUAUUACAUUAUGUAAAGUGUGCAAAGAGGGUAUACCCAAAUCGCAGUUCGAAGACCAUCAAAAAACCUGUUUCAAACGCAGAGUAGAGGUAAGACCCCCACCGCCACCCACAAACUUAGAAAGAAGCAACUACUUCCAAGAACGGAAGGCCGUAGAGGACAGAAAAAUCGAAGCGAGAAAAGAAAGAUACGUACAAAAGUACGACAGAUUAGUUGACACUGGAUACAGUUUGCAAGAUAGUUCUUACAGAACAGCCAGGCCUAAUUCCAUUGACAGACCUAUGGGUACUUACGGUUAUACCAAGUCACCGAGUAGUAGUUAUCUCGAUUCUAGUUCUAUUCGACAAAAUGGCACGUUAAGCUCAGCUAAAAUAGACGUUAAUAGAGAAGAAACGACGCCUAAAGUAACACCAACUGUAGCCGCUCCAGAACCUGUGAAGAAACCAGAAGCCAAGCCUUCUGGAUUGUUGGCAUGUAAAUACUGCGACCUUGAACUACCAAAGUUAGAAUUAGAAGAUCACGAGAACUACUGCGGAUCUAGGACCGACAAGUGCCUGGAAUGCGGAGAACUAGUUAUGUACAAAUACAAACAGAUUCACAUGGAUUCUAACCACGGAUUUUUGAAACUCAAAGAUGAACCAGGUCCUAGAGCCUCAUGGGACUCAACCACACAACGCUCCGCUAGCACCAAUUCAAUAGAAACUUCCAUUAGAAGAAGACCGCAGCCUCUCAGAUCGUUUGCUGAUUUCGACUAUGAUCCCAUGCCUUAUCUACCGUCGAGUUACUCGAUUCCAGGCGGGGGCACAAAGAAAAAGGAAGGAGAGAGCUACAAAGAAAUAUCCAGAAGACUUGAUUGUAAAACAGAAUAUAUAAGGAACCUACUACAUGAUUCGGCGGGUAUCACAGUACCACUAAGGCGAAAUGGGGCAGUGCCAAGAAAUCAUUUCAAUCAUAAUAAAGGUCCGGCCCCUCAACCUCCUACAUACAGAAGGAAGAAUCCCCCCACAGAAUUGGUGAUUCCGUGCGAAUUUUGCGGGGUACCAGUGCCACACGAAGACUUGAUAGAACACGAGACUGGUUGUCGCCCGGACUUAGCCAGGUUCAACCCUCGCAGAAGAUCGCCCGAACCUGACGAUUACUUUAUUGCGCCUCAACCCACUUCUCCCGAAGUUGAAUUGCCCUGUGAGUUUUGCGGAGAUAUGAUACCCGCAUCUCAGCUGUUGGGGCACCAAGUACGAUGCACUUAAAUUAUAUCUUUUAUUUUUUAUAAUAGCCUUUAAUCAAGUAGGUGUAUACUUUAAUAUGUACAUUACAAUUUUCUGUAAUGUCUGUGAGAUAAUCGUAUAAGCAUUAUGAACUGUAUAUUAUUACCGUUAGUUAAUUUUUAAACUUGCUCUUUGCUCACCAUGUACAUUUAUCUUUCUAAUACAAUAAAAUAUAAGGGCCUUGUUCUUUAGUAAGGAAAUAAUUGUUUCAUUAACUGUUUGUGUAUGAAUAGUUAAGUUACUAGUAGUGUAACCGUAUCGUUUUUUAUCCUGUUUGUUUUAUGAUAUAUUGUAAUAAAAAUUUAAACGAC